CUCAUUCAUGCAUGCACUAAUUCUGCACUUGAAGGCUCAUUACAGUAAAAUGGUAUUUGGAUUCCAAGGAUAUAAGUGGAAGAUGAAUGGACGGGAGCUAAAAAGCUCUUGAAUUCAGGGUCUGGUUGGGCGACUUCUUCAGACUUAGUCAAUUAGUACUUCGGAGCCAGUUACAAACUUCAGAGCUGAUACAAACGCUCAGUUCUUUACAUGCUUCCGCGACAGUGUGCCACCACUUCAACCUGGUGUUUUUUCUAGAAACUCCCAACAUAAUGGAGUACCUUCUUAAAGUAGCCACUAUUUGUUUUUUCGCUUCAGUUUAUUUGAUAAACAAUCUUUCAGAGUGUUGCAAUGAAGCAGUGUGCGGUAGCAUAGUGAGCAAAUGUCUUCUGAUGCAAUUGUGCAGAUGCCAUCCAGGCAAUCACACGUGCAACAAAGAAUGUUUUUAUUGCCUCAAAGAUUCCUAUAGUGAGUGUUGCUCAUGUGUCGAAAUGUGCGAACUGCCAAAUCAGCGUCAGAGAGAAGAUGUUGUUGACUCGUACGUUGGAGUUAUCGACAACCCCGUCCCUGGAUUGUUUCAAGCUUUAGCGGAAGAAGAUACAGACUGGACCAGUGAGACUUUCCAGGUUCAAUUUCAUAUGGAACAUAAGAAAGGGCAGAAAAUGAACAACUUCCACGUCGGUUCUAGCAGUAACGAUAUACUUCCGGAAAUGGACGAUACAUCGAUGGAAUGUACGACGGUUUUCCUGAACAACUGCACAAGUGUUUCGAAAUGCGAAAAAAUAUGUUCUUCCAUGGGAGCCUCCGGAUUCAGAUGGUUCCACGAUGGAUGCUGUGAGUGCGUUGGAGAGAACUGCUUCAAUUUUGGAUUGAAGGAGAGUAGAUGUCGGCGUUGUUCCUACAAGGAUGUGUCUGACGAAGAUUAUUCCGAAGACCUUUAUCAUUUUUCAGAGGAUAAUAAUCUAGACGACGACAAUGACAUUUCAGAUGUGAUCUGGUAAAUUUCAGCUCUAUCAACUUAACUUAAGAAUAUAAAAUACACUAAACAUAAAAAAUCAAUUUGUAAAUUUUUGAUGUGAUUGGUAUUAAAUAACAUGUUACUUUAAUUUG